AUGAAUGGCCGGUCGGGGACCAUGUCGCCGGUCUCCGUCGACGGCAGCGACUGGUCGGGAAUCAACCAGUACCAGGCAGUAGUCACUGCUGGAGCCAAAGCAGAGCCGCCCUUCUCGCCUACCUUCUCGACUGUCGGUAAUCUGGCCACUCCCCCAGUGUCAGGCGAGUCACCGGUGCCCCCGACGCCCACGACCGUACCCUCCGAGCCCGCGGUGUCUCCCCGGCCUCCCGCGGAUGCGGACAACCCAUCGCCUCCGAAUUCGAUCAGGGGUCGCUCGAGCGAUGGAACCUUGGGGGGAAAGCAGCAGCCGCCGCAGAAUGGGAGAGUGAAUCGGCAGAUCGAGGAGAUUCUCUCGCAACACUAUCGUGUUCUGAAACGCUUUCUCCAGAAUCCAUACCGGGAGGACAGGUCGAAGCCAAACAAGGCAAGGGACAAGCUGCUGCGCCUAUCGCCUACCCAGUUCCACGAGCUGAGUACCGACGUGUACGACGAGCUCCUGCGACGGCAGCAGUCCAUCCCGCCGUCACCUGGCCGCCCGGGGCCUCCGCGACCAGAGGUCCCCUCCUUCCUCCCGCCGCGCAAGGAGUUUCACGAGAAGCGCAAUCAGGCCCGGCAGAAGCUCGCCUCACUCCAGCAUCAACGUUUCCGGGAUCUGGCUACUGAUGUCUUUUGUGAGCUGGAACGCCGGUUCCCUCAUUUCGCCGCGCGCGAUAUGCCGCGCAGGCCCAGUCCAGCGCCCAGCGCCCGCAGCACCGCCUCCCGUGGCGGCCCUCCCAAUGGCUAUGGUCCGCGCCCGGGCUCCCAUGGCUAUGGACCUAAUGGCCCUCCUAGCGCCCGCCGCUCCCAAUCUCGCGGUCCACCCCCAAGCCCAAUGGGCAGAGGUUAUCCGUCCGGAAACUCUCCUCAAAGCCCCAUGGGCAGUCCCUUCCCGCCUCGACAGGGCUCCCUGGGCGGUCCGCCCCCGGGGAUGAAUGGUGACACCGGACCCUUGCCCAAGACUUUCCAGAGCAAUAUGAUUGUCCCUAAUAAGAGUACAUUGGUCGAAGACGAUGACGAUGGAGCGGUGACAGAGGAUGAGUAUGAUGCACGAAGCGAUGCCUUCGCUCUGGAUGGCGUGCUGCAGAGCAGACGCGGCACCACCACCACCCUCGGCGAUGGCGGACGGAGUUUAUUGGCAGAGACUCAAUCACAGGUUUCGGUCUUGCAGGACAAGGUUGAAAGGCUCGAGGAAUUAGUCAAGUCGAAAGAUGAGGAGCUGGCCAGGAUGCAGGACGAACAGGACAAGUCUCAGGUAUGCAAACUUGACCUUUUUUUUAAUAUAUUUUUCUCUCCACAAUUCGAGAGCGUCAGCCUCUCCGAACGUCAGGACUGGGAAGAUACGAAACAGGAUUUAGAGCACAAAAUCCUCCAGGCAGAAGAUCUGAAUAGCUCGCUUCAACUGGAGUUGGACAGAGUCCGAGCAGAGCACAAAACCAUGGAAGAAGAUCUUCGGGCGCAGAUCGAGGAGUCCUCCCAGCGCGGCGCAGGAGACGAUGAGUGGCAAACCCGGUUCGGCGAGCUUGAGAGCCAACACCACAGCUUGCAGAAUGAGCUCCUCGAGCAACAGAAAAUAACGGAAGAGGUUCGAAGGGAAGCCUCCAACUUCUUACAGGAGAUGAAGAUGCUCUCGGAGCAAAGUCAGUCGAACUGGGAACGCGAGGACCAGCUCUCCACCGACGUGCGACGACUCGAGGAGGAAGUGCAGGAAUGGAAGGACCGCUACGCGAAGACGAGGACCCAGCUCCGCCAGCUGAAAACGCCCUCCAUGGGCCUGCCUGGCCCGUUGCCCGAUGCGGGUGCUCAUGCCAAAGGCAAUGAAUUCCUCCGCCCCGACGGCCUCAUCAAGGAUGUCUACGUGACGAGGUUCCAGAUCUCGAUCGACGAACUCCUGCGGGUCGCCCGAUCGGACGAACCACAUCUCGUCCUCAAUCAGAUCAAAGCCGUGAUCUUCGCUAUUCGUCACAUCAUCCAGGACGUUGACAUCCCUCAGAGUCCCGCAGACGAGAUGGUCCAGCUGCGGGUGAAGGCCAAGGGUCAGGUGUCCGUCACGGCGAACAAUCUGAUCACCGCCUCGAAGAAUUUUGCCCUCUCCAACGGCCUCUCUCCCGUGUCUCUUCUUGAUGCCGCGGCGUCCCAUGUGUCAACCGCUGUUGUGGAGCUCAUCCGCCUAGCUAAGAUCCGCCUAACCCCCGAGGAUGAGUUGGAAGAAGAAGACGAAGAAGAAGUGUAUGAUCCCAAUCUGGCGCAGAUGCAAUCACCCGACUACUUCAGUAUGGCGCCUAGUCAAGACCGAUACAGCAACAACGAGUCGAUCUACAGUGCCAUCAGCACCCCCUCCGUCGAGUCCCGGGCGCAACUCGAGUCCACCAAGCUUCAGGAUUCUGUCGCCAUCGCUGGAUUGCCCACGGGGAUGAAGAUGGGCUAUAACCGAGAACCGGAGGACGAGGAGACCCGCGAGCUCAAGCUUUAUCUGGAAGACCAAACCGACGUGCUCCUCCAAACCAUUCAGGCUCUAGUUGCCAGCAUUCGUUCCGAGAGCGAUCCCAUCACGAUCCGGAACGAUGUUUCCGCCAUCUCUGCCAUUGUCACCAAUGUCAUCACCUCCACCGAACACACCAUGACCCGGCCGGGCGCCGAUCUUAUUCUUCAAGAGCGCACCGAGUCCUUCCUGCAGGCGCUUGACCACCACCGGGGUCGCCUCGUUGAAACCUCCGCCGAAGCGCAAGAGGUCCCCGAUUCUGAUGAAUUCCGCGAGAUCGUCAGCAAACUGCCACCCAUUGCCUUUGAACUUGCCCGGGGCACCAAGGACGUCGUUCAGCUCCUCGAACCCAUCGACUACGAUGACGAAGAGGACGAAGACUUCCGCUAG